CGAUAAUCUAUCGGCCAGCCCCACCGUAUUUCAGUGAUGCCACCCCACUGUACAGCGCCUUCAUCUCCGCCCCGAUCAGACUCAACGCAACGCCACCCAUACCAUCAACACGCAAUUCACCGUCGCAACGAUGGACUCGUCAUGUUCCAUCGAGUGCGAGACCCGAUGCGCUGAACUCAUCUCCUUUGGGAUGCUUCUUCAGCGCCUUUCUACAGAGACCGCCUUGCUUGACCAGAAGCCUCCCUCUCGCCACUCUCAAAAAGCGGAUGCCAACGCACCAGACCGCCAUACGAAACCAGAGACGCCCAGGAAGCCUGUGAGCGGAUCAAGGGCCUAGCGCUAGCUCCAGUGCAUCUUACGGGGAUAUAAGGGACCUGGAUUGAGUGUUAUUCCACUGGAAAGUACGAAGUCUGCAUCGAAAGAUCAAAUCACCACGUCAUUAAGCAUCGGCCACACUCGAGGUUUGGUGAGGGAGCUGUCUACACUGAACAGAACUUGACUGUCAUAAAUUCAAGAAAAUU